CGGUGGUGGACGUGGAGGAAAUAUUCAGCUUUAGAGAGCCAGACGCGUCUUUAGUUCGGCAGCCGCUCGGUAGAUGGCAACCAGGAGGCCCUCUGAUACUCACCUACCAGCCACGACUAGGACCCCAGGACUUCCACGGCAAUACGGUGGUCAUGGCGUCCUUCCCUUACGAGCCUUACUUCAUGAUGGGGAAGAAGUGUAAGAAACCAUCUCACUCUGAACCAGACACUGACCAGUUCCAGAUGCGCUGUGUCAACCAGAAGCCCAGACACCAGUUGGACGAGGAAACUUACAUCGGGUACUUUAUCGACAUCUUCAGUGCAUUGUCUCAAAAACUUAAUUUCACGUAUCGCAUAAUGAUCCCCAGUAAUAAAGAGGACCUUAUAUUUGGGACCGGUCGUUCUGAUAACUACUCUGGCAUUGUGGGGCUUGUGGCACUGCAGGAAGCAGACAUCGCCAUGGCCAGCCUGUCGAUGUCCCAAGGGAGGCUGGAUGAUAUCGAUUUCUCUACCAACAUCGAUUACUAUGCCAGGAACUUGUACAUCAGCGCUAACGCCACCGAGUCCAACGUGGGGUGGGGUACGUACGCGAAGGUAUUCACGGCUUAUACCUGGCUGGGCACUGCUGGCGUCCUGCUCGUCACUACCUGUGUGAUGUGGGUGCUGAAUCGCGGGGAGAGGACAGAAGUGCCGCCAGAUAUUUUCACCUACAAGGAUAUCGUCUUUAUGUUCUUCUCUUGUCUCGUUCAGCAAGGUGUACCCACAACCCCCAUGUCACUAAGGGGGCGUACCGUGUUCUGGCUGUUCUGGGUAUCGUGUGUUGUCCUCUACGCCUAUUAUACUGCGCGUCUCACCUCCUACCUGGCCGUCAGCACCGCCUCGCCGCCCUUCACCACCUUCAAGGGCGCCGUGGACAUGUACCCGGAGUGGCAAGUUGGUAUCAUGAAGGGCACACCAUUGAGGACUUUUAUUGAGGAUGCUAAGGCCCCAAUUUACAAACUCUUCUCGGCUCGCCUGGAUGAAAACCCCCACUUACUCGUGAAUACAGAGGAGGAGGGGGUGAAGAGGCUGCAGUCUGAGAAAUUCGCCUUCUUCACGGACUCUCCAAACAUGCGUUACGUGUUCAUGGGAAGCUGUGCCCUCAAGGAGAUCCCAAUCAAUCUAUUCCCUAAUUUUGGACGCUUGGGAUACAUGAAGAACCUCCCUUUUGCUGGCGUCUUUGAUAUGCAAUUGACGAGGAUGGACGACGGCGGAAUCCUGGACAGACUCAGGCGACGCUGGCUUGGCAAUGACACCCCGUGCGAGGAACCAUCACCCUUCACUGAGCUGGACUUCACACACACCGUCACUGCCUUCGUCAUUCUUCUGCUGGGUGCUGUCUCCGCCCUGGUCCUGCUGUUCCUGGAGAAGCUGCACGUGAAGAGGAGGGCGCGGAGGUCGUCUGCUUCAAGGGACGUGAGCGAGGCAGAGGUAAAGGAGAUGCAGAGAAGAGGAAAGAAGAGAAAAUGGGAGGCACUUUCAGGGAAGCCUUCGGUGUAUGAGGCCUUUGUGGAUAAGCAAGUUGAUUAUAGCCUGGCCUCUUAGCUCAGAGAGAGAGAGAGAGAGAGAGAGAGAGAGAGAGCACUGAUAGUCACCUUAAGCAACGCGAUCAAGGUCAGAGCAAGACACGUGCGCCAUCUAUCAGACAGCCGGACCAUCACUACCUGGCAGUCUGAGAACUAAAUCCUGCAGUCUUCAAAGCUUCGUUCUUGAUACUCCCCUAGCAGGCAGCGUGAGGACUUACCUAAACGCCCCUGCUCUCUCAAGACACCUUCUGCAGCCACCCAAGGGGCCAACGAGAUCAAAAGAAGACAAGGAAGAUAAACACAAGAACACUUUGUGAUUUCCGGCACUCGAGUCAACUAGCGAGGCAAUACAAAGGUGGUUCAUUGACUCCUUAGGCUCUGUGUAUACGUGACUGUAUGUUAGGAUACACUUCGGAUAGACAGUUAGUGUAUACUUAAUGUGUAAGUCUCGAUGUAUUGUUAUUACCUUUUUUUCUUUCAUUUUUCUCCAUUAAAG